AGAACUGUUCUGGAACGGUUUGGUUCAUAAUCCUUGCAACCAUUUUGUCUACCUGGGUCAUAUUGUCAUUUCUGAAGAGUUUACUGUAACUUUCAUCCACGCAAAGUUAACAUUUUAUUGUGUUACAUUCAUAUCCAGUUUUGUCAGUAACAUGAAAUGAGGCAGAACUCUGUCACCAGCAGAUCUGAGUUUGACUCUUCGCAGGUUUUGCUGCCGCCAUUUCCCCCCUUGAAACUGUUUCUUUCUCCUAUUUGACUCGCGCCGCCGAAUCUCAGCCCGUCCAAUCAGAAAGCUCAGCUUCUGCUGCGUCAAGGGGUCUUUGCUACGCUAAGCCAAUAGAAUUCGAGCAUGACUCAGUUUGAGCGCUCAGUAGCGCCGCCAUAUUGUGAGGGUCAGAAUUGUCUGUAAGUGGUGAUUAAAUGGAAGAAACGAGCUUUCCGGGGGUUUAUGACCAUCUGUAAACCACUCCGCGUUUCUUACUAAAGGACGUAAAAUAACGGACAGCUGUUUGGACUAAUCAUAAUUGCUAUUGUGCGUCUCAUCGCUUUUUCUGGCGUUGUGGACUGGACUUUUGGCCGCAGCCUCUGGAAACCUCAAUCGUCUCCCAGGAUGGGCAGCGUUUUAGCCGCCAGCGCCGCCCCGGCGCCGCCGUUGCCGCCGGGCUUCGGGUUGCCUCCGCUCCCUCCUCCUGCGACCGGAUCCGGACCGCAGCGGGAGGCGAAGAACGUUCUGCCCAACCCCGGAGCGUUUGAGCAGUGCCAUCAGAAAUGUAAAGGUAACGGAAGCGGCGCGUCUGAAGGCGCUGCGCUGCGGCUGGAGGUAACCGGAAGCUUCUCCUCCUCAGAGGUUUUCCCGACGCAGGUGAACGGAGUCCGACUCGUCCUGAACAAGGCGCUGAGCAAACACUUCCAGGUGAAUCAUUCUCUGCAGCUCAGCUCCACAGAAGACUCCGGCUACAGGUUCGGAACGGUGUUCGUCGGAUCCGGUCAGGCCGGUCCUGCUGAGUUCUACCCAGUCCUGGUGGGCGACGUGGACAGCAGCGGCAGCCUGAACGCCCAGGUCAUCCAUCGGGUCACCGACAGGAUCCGGUCCAAAGUGGUUUUCCAGACCCACCAGCAGACGUUCGUGACCUGGAAGGCCGACACCGAGUUCAGGGGCGAGGAUUUCACGGCGGCGGUAGCCUUCACCAACCCAGACGUCCUCGACGAUUCUGGGAUGGUCAUCACACACUACCUGCAGUCCGUAACUCCGGCUCUGGCUAUGGGAGGACAUCUAGUGUAUCGGCGUCGCCCCGGAGACGAGGCGUCCUUUCUGUCGCUAGUGGGCAGGUACACAGGAAGUAACUUUGUCGGCGCGCUGACCCUCGGCUGGGCCAGCGUUCAAGCGUCGUACUACCACAGAGCCAGCGACAAGCUGCAGCUCGGCGUGGAGCUGGAGACCGGCGCCUUUCUGGAGGACAGCAGCGUGACGUUCGGCUACCAGCUGGAUGUUCCUGAAGCUAACCUGCAGUUCAAAGGUGUGAUCAACAGCAACUGGGUCGUCGGAGCGACGCUGGAGAAGAAGCUCCUCCCACUUCCUCUCUCCCUGGUGCUCUGCUCCUUCCUGAACCACCAGAAGAACAAAUUCCACUGCGGCUUCGGCGUCGUGAUCGGCUAGCGUCUCCUCUGGCGCCCCCUACCCGUCCGCCUGAUUACUGCAUCCAGCUGUUAGUGUUCAGGAUCAAAUUUAGCUUUAAGCAGAAGGUCAAAGUUCAGCAGAGACUUCCUGUUCUGAGUCUUAGUCCUGGUUUUUGGUUGUUUUUAAUGGAAGCCUUCUUUUGUUAUUAAGUAAAUAUUAAUCCAUCUGGUUCAUCCACAAAGCUGUAGGAUCAGCCGUUUGGAAAGUUACACUGUAAAAAAUUAGCAGCAAUAUUUUGGGUUAUUUAAUCAUAAGAGGAAAAACUGUGUGUUCAUUUUCCAGAGUCAGAUUUUCUCCAUGUUAUUUAUACAUUAGAAAUGUUACAGUUCCAAACUAAAUAUGUAGUUAGGAAGCUAAAUAUCUGAUUUGCAAACUGAAUAUUUAGUUUAAGAUUAUUCAGCUUCAAAUGAUUUAUUCUCCAUAUGAAAUAUUUAGCUUGGACCUAAAUAUUUAGUUCACAAAGUAAACUAAAUAGCUUAAGUAGCAGCUAUUUAAGCUAACAGGCUAACUAAGUAUUUAGCUUGCUAGCCAAAUAUUUGGUUACCACACUAAAUAUUUAGUUUGUGAACUACAUUUUAAACAUGAACCUAAACAUAUAGCUUGGUAGCUAAACCUACCUAUAUAGCUUGCUAUAAAUAUAUAGCAAGCUAUAUAUUUAUAAUACCCUAAUUUCUAGCAAGCUAUAUAUUUAGCUUGCUAGCCAGAUAUUUAGUUAGCAUGUUAAAUAUUGAGUUUGCAAACUUAAUAUUUAGCUUCCCUAACUGAAUAUUUAACUUAUCUAAAUAUUUAGCUAGCAAGUUGAUUAUUAGUUGAUAGAUUAGUUUGCAGGCUAAUGCUUCUGCUAACUCAUCUUUCUAACAGGUGUUGAUAAAUGAGCGGCUGAAUAAACCAAAACUUUGCUGUUUGUUCUCCGUCCUGAUCGGUUCUGUUGCCUUUUUAUUGCUGGUUCUGUUUAAACUGGAACAGAUGAGAUAGAAAAACCGUAAAAUAAAAUGUCUUAUAAACAA